UACACCAAUACGUCUCUUGGCCAAAGCAGACCAAUUAUAUUAUUUAUAUUUGAUAUUUCAGAGGUAAAAACACUGCGACGAACAUGGCAAUAUUUCGUUUGGGAUUUUUAUUCAGUUUGGUAAUAGCACAAUGCGUUGGAAUUAACAAACACAUGGUUUGCAAAGAAAUCGACUCUUUCGAUGCUGAAAAUGACAGUCUUAUUAGUGACAGAGAGCGAGGCAUACAGGGGCCACCUGGGAAAAAGGGGGUCAAAGGUGAAGUGGGACCUCCGGGCGUACCUGGAAUAGUGGAUUAUGGUAAAAUAAAGAAAACAAUACGCCGUGAAAUUGCUCCUGAUUUCAAGAUAAUGAAAGACAGGAUGGAUGACAUGGAAAAGAAAAUAGCAAACUUGGCAUCUCAAAACGAAGUGAUGAUGGAAAGGACUGCCGAAGAAAGAUGCCAAAGAACGUUUUCCGGGAUAUUUUAUAAUUCUACAUGUUUUUGGACCGACGUUUCCCGAACCCAGGACAUAAAUCUAGCAAAAGCUCAACAACGUUGUACGAGUAAAGGAUCGCGAUUGGCCGAUAUAUAUAGCAAAGAUCAUUACGAUGCAAUAAUGACGUAUCUAAGACCGCAAAUUGUAGCCGGGAAAACAGUUUUGUACGUUUGGACGGGAAUGAAACGAAGGGGCGAGGGUGCAAUUCUUUCUACCGGCAUCAAAACACCGUAUGUGAAACCCCGAUCCAACGCGUCAAAGUGGAACAAAGGUGAAGCUAAGCGAACGCUGGUUUAUCUUGUUGCAUCGCCGGAUCCCAAUGCGACCGACCAAGGAUUUGGAGCUAUCUGGGACACAUGGAAUGCCCAUGGAGCGUUGUGCCAGAUCAAUUGACUGUUAUAAAUCGUUUGUUGGCAAGAUCCUAGUCGUGUAUUAUAUACUCUUAUUGACUAAUAUUUUCAAUAUAACGCAAUAUGACCUAAACUUUGUCAUCUAGUUGGAACCAAGGGUGAGCAAAAUUUUUUGAGAUCGGAAGAAUGAUACGAUACCUCGAAAAUGUUGGUAGCUCAGUCAUUUCUCAAAUUUCGAACUGCUUUCGAAUGCGGAUUAAAGUGUUUUUUCAUAGAUUCUUGCAGGAAUUGACAUAGUCUACCUUAUGACUUAGCGUUAUUUUGCGGCCGUCCAUAACGGAUGAUAAUUUAGCACAUCUAUAAUGAAAUAGUUGUUGCCACAAAUGUAUUACUUAGUGACACUAAAAACGUCUUGAUCUUAUAUCAAUUUAUAUACACUCAUUUCCUACAUACAACCUGUUCGUAAAACUGAGCUACAAUUUUAGUGGAUUAGAAAUGAGGUGUUGCCCACACAAUAACUUAAAACCCCCAGGUUUGUCAUAACAACCUAACUAAGGUAUUCUCAACCUAUUUUGUAUUCGGGAUU